GCGCAGGCGCAGAUCGCGUUGCCUAACAGUGGUAAACAGACGUCAGAAGGGAGUCUUCGCCUCGAGUCAAAACAAAACAAAGCAAAAUAAGUCAAAAAGAGAGCGAAGAAGCGGGUAUUUGGAUCGCUACGACGACAGAAAGUUUCUCAAAACUCGUCUAGGAUCUGGAACGGCUGCUCAGUGGAGCCUAUCCGAGGUUUUUCGCGGACUUUUUCACGGAUUGUAAACUCUGGAGUAGCAGGAGCUUAAGCAGCUAGCGUUACGGUGGCUAUCGUGCUGUUUGGAAAGUGCGGCGGCGACUUGGAGCCGACAGACCCGCUGACGACCGAGCUCCGCUGAGUCCCCUGGAACAAACGGUAGGAUUCCUUCACCGAGUCCACGAAGGCGACCAUCAGUCUGGAGUUUAGUUUGGAGCGGGGCGGUGUGUGAAGUGUUUGACCGCCGUGCGAGGCGGCAAGACUGGGAGAAACAUGGCAGUUGGUGACAUGCGCCUGGCCGCAAUGUGGCGCAUGGAACGGACCUAAGGCACGGACUUCAGGACUGCGUUUUUUUAAAAGUUUUUUUUAACACUUGUUUUUUUUUUUUACUACAAUAAACUUUAUCAAGGUUAGAGUAAAGCACAUUCCCUUCCCCUUUUGUCUAUUUUAGAUAUAAGUUUGGAUGUUUAAAUCCCAGUCGGGACACAGAGACAGUGGACAAAGUCUCAGGAUUGUUUGCACAAAGUCGCUCCUUCUACAUUUUUACUAUUAACUCUAAUUCAGCCGCGCUGGUUAGUGACUGCUGAUUUUUAUAUUCUUGCUACUUUUUGUUUGUUUUUAUUUGCAAUCGUGCUCUUCAAACAUAAAAAAAUGUUUUUGACGGAAAAGUAAGAAAAAAAAAUCUGGAAAUUUGGUAUAGGAAGAUAUUUUCACUCAUUUCUAAAAUACUACUUUGGUGGUUUUUAAAAACUUUGAAUACUUAACGAACUUAUUAUUUUUAAUAUGAGCAGAAACCUCUGUAGAUCCAGAUGUUUCGGUGCUCAUUGACACUCCUUCACUGUUGUUUGUGUUUCAUUGAAACAAAGAGACUUCUUCUAUAUAUAUAAAUCGGAAGGUUUAUGAUAGUUACUAUUAAGGAGAUUAUUUGGGUUCCCUAAUCUCCAAUCUGAGGAUUAACAGAGGCCAUUGGUGUGUCCAGAUUAUUGCGUCUCCUUUCUAGGCCCCUUAGUUGAAGCCCCCCCUGUUGUGACUGAGGUAUAUAUUUAUGUCAGAAACUUUUUAAUUUACAUUUAAAUAUUGAAAAGGUAAAUGUUUUAGGAGAACAGAACUUUGUCAGAGGGAGUUUAGAGAACCAGCAUGGAGGAGUCUUCAAUGCCCCCCAUCGAUCCCGACUUUGAGCCGCAGAGCAGACCCCGCUCCUGCACAUGGCCGCUCCCGAGGCCCGACAUCUCGGCUGUCAAAGUAGAAGGGGCGGAUGGCGCCGAGUCCGCCGCCGGGACCCCGCCCGCAGCGGACGAGGACAAGCCCGAACCGCAGCAAAUCAUCUCCGAGCCCGAGAAAGCCGCUGCCGCCGCGGCGGCGGAGGAGGGCGGGGUUGUGGCCGGCGUGGGCGGAGCCGGAGCGACGCCCCGCAAAGGAUCCUCCAGGCGCAAUGCGUGGGGGAACCAGAGCUACGCGGAUCUGAUAAGCCAGGCCAUCGAGAACUCGCCAGAAAAGAGGCUGACCCUGGCUCAGAUCUACGACUGGAUGGUGAAAACUGUGCCUUACUUCAGAGAUAAAGGAGACAGCAACAGCUCUGCCGGCUGGAAGAAUUCAAUCCGCCACAACUUAUCACUCCACAAUAAGUUCUUGAGGGUUCACAAUGAGUCCACCGGGAAGAGCUCCUGGUGGAUGCUCAACCCCGAGGGUGGGAAGACGGGGAAAGCCCCCCGCCGCCGAGCCGUCUCCAUGGACAACAGCAGCAAGCUGCUGAAGAGCCGCAUACGAGCCAAGCAGACCAAGAAGCAGGCUGGAGCGGCCGGUGGUGGUGGUGUGCUGCAGGGAGACGGCGGCGGCGGUUCUGCCGGCGCUGAGAGCCCCAACUCGUCUCAGCAGUUCCCCAAGUGGGGCGUGAACAGCAGCAGCCCGUCAUCGCGUGGCAGCCUGGACGAUGCUGACAUGUGGACCACCUUCCGCCCACGCACCAGCUCCAACGCCAGCACCCUGAGCGGCCGCCUGUCGCCCAUCGCCCCAGGCCAGGAGGACGAUGACAGCCUGCCUGACGACGGCCUGCUGGGCCGCUACGCCUCCAGCAGCCUGACCCCGACGCUCACAGAGACCGUCAUGGAGGAGCUGGACCUGAUCGACAACCUCACCCUGAUGACGGCGCAGCAGGGCGCGGCCAGUCCCAGCACGGCGCCACCGGCACCGCCCACGCCACUGCCCUCCGCUUCCACCUUGCUGCCGCGCGGCUCCGGCUUCACCUCCUUCCACCAGGCGCACUCUGCCGCCCAGCCCGCCGUCUCCCUCAAAGAGCCGCCAGCGUCCUUCAGCAACUCCCUCUUCAACCCCAUGAGCAGCUCCAGCGCUCACGGUGGCGGCCACUAUGGCGGCCAUGUUCCCUCCAGCCUGGAGGUGCUGCUGACCUCUGACUCCCCUCCGCCCAGUGACGUGCUAAUGGCCCAGGUCGGCCCGCUCAUGGCGAACUCUGGAGGUCUGGGUCAGAUGGGUUUGGGCGUGCGAGCCAAACCCGCUCAGCUGCAGCUGAACAAAGCGCUGGAGGCGAACGCCGUGGCGCCGAUGGCGAUGCAGACCCAGAUGCAGCCGACGCCACAGCAGCAUUUCCGCCACAACCACCAGCAGCAUCAAAUCGGACUGGGGAUGAUCCUGUCCGGACUCUCCCAGGACCCGACUCCCCUCUCUGCUCUCAAAACCCACCAGGUGCAAACCAUCAGCGCUCAUCACACCGCCCCCGCUCCGGCCCCAGCAGCCAAUCAGAGCCUGAGCCUGCCGGCGGUUGGUCCGUUUGGCGCUCCGACAGGGUUCCAGCCCGGUCAGGAGCGACUGCCCACGGACCUGGACAUAGAUAUGUUCACCGAGAACCUGGACUGCGACGUGGAUUACAUCAUCAACAGCGACCUCAUGGACGGAGAUGGCAUGGAUUUCAACUUUGACCCCAUCCUGCCCGGAGGCCAAGGCUACACGGGGCCAACCAACACGCAGGGCUCAGCCCACAGCUGGGUGCCCAGCUAAUCCAGCAGAACCUCAUCAGGAUCUCACCUCCAGUCAACUUAACCUCACUAAAACAGCAGAACAACUGGUGCACCGCCCCCUGCUGGAUGAAAACAGCAAAUCCAACGUCUGACCUCACGUCACUUGCCAAGACGUGCGGUUACAGGGAGGCAACUGCUUUCUUUUUAUUUUUCUCUAAAUGAUUUUUCUUAAUAACACUUGGCAACAAUUUGGCUGCUUUCUUAAGAACCGGAACUGAUGACUUUAUUAUUAUUAUUGUUAUUAUUUUUAUUUGUGUAAAAAAAAAAAAA